GAAUGAUUGAUGCAUAAACAAAUAGACAAAACGAGCUUCAAAUGGUACGGUUUCACCUGUCGACAACCGCUACAGCCACUGCUUCUCCACUCCACUCCCAUGGCGUGGAACUGGUAGCACCAUUUCCACUUCUCUCACUAACUCCUCAUCAUCGUCAUCGCCACCAUUUUCAGCUCCCUUUUCCUUCCCUUUCCGCUUCCACAUCGUCGCCGAGGUGCUCGAGGCGCAAGCGAGCUAGCUGCUCUUGCAAGAUGACUGAUUCUCAAGGAAAGGCGACGCAACCCGCUGGCCGCGAUGUCCGUUCCGGCGACAUGAUUUUUCAGCCAAUCUUGGAGAAAGGCGUUUUCCGAUUCGAUUGCUCUGCCGAUGAUCGGGCUGCUGCUUUUCCUAGUGUUUCCUUCGUCAAUGCGAAGGAUAGGGAGACGCCGAUCACUAAUGCUGCUGAAGCAGUUCCUACGUUCAUCCCAACUUAUCAGUCUGGUUCGGAGAGCCAGACUGUCCAGCUUCAGCUGCCUGCUGGUACCUCUUUUUAUGGAAGUGGAGAAGUUAGUGGACAACUUGAGAGGACUGGGAAGAGAGUUUUCACAUGGAACACAGAUGCAUGGGGUUAUGGUCCAGGAACUACAUCUUUGUACCAAUCACAUCCUUGGGUGUUGGCCGUUCUGCCAAAUGGAGAAGCAAUUGGAGUACUUGCAGACACCACCAAGCGUUGUGAGAUUGAUCUGAGCACUGAGUCAGUAAUUAAGUUCGUUGCUCCUUCCUUUUAUCCCAUCAUAUCGUUUGGUCCAUUUCCUUCACCGGCAGCUGUUUUGAGUUCUUUGUCCCAUGCAAUUGGGACUGUCUUCAUGCCUCCAAAGUGGUCUUUAGGCUAUCAUCAGUGCCGUUGGAGCUAUGAUUCAGAUUUGAGAGUUCGAGAGGUUGCCAAAACUUUCCGGGAGAAGGGCAUACCUUGUGAUGUCAUUUGGAUGGAUAUUGACUACAUGGAUGGUUUCCGAUGUUUCACAUUUGACAAGGAAUGCUUUCCAGCUCCAAGUUCUUUGGUGAAAGAUCUCCAUGAUAAUGGUUUCAAAGCAAUUUGGAUGCUUGACCCGGGUAUUAAGCAUGAACAGGGCUAUUUCAUAUAUGACAGUGGUUCCAAAAUUGACGGUUGGGUUCAAAAUACAAAUGGACAGCCAUAUAUUGGGGAGGUGUGGCCUGGGCCUUGUGUUUUCCCAGACUUCACACAGUCCAAAGUUCGGUCCUGGUGGGCUAGUUUAGUCAGGGAUUUUAUUUCCAAUGGCGUUGAUGGUAUAUGGAAUGAUAUGAACGAGCCUGCAGUUUUCAAAACUGUGACUAAGACAAUGCCAGAGAGCAACGUCCAUAGAGGAGAUGAUGACCUUGGAGGUCGCCAGAAUCACUUGCAUUAUCACAAUGUGUAUGGCAUGCUCAUGGCAAGAUCAACAUUUGAAGGAAUGAAAUCAUCCAACGAAAACAAGCGUCCUUUUGUUCUUACCAGAGCUGGAUUUAUUGGUAGUCAAAGAUAUGCUGCUACUUGGACGGGAGAUAAUCUUUCCAACUGGGAGCAUUUGCAAAUGUCUAUCUCAAUGGUACUUCAAUUGGGUCUCAGUGGUCAGCCACUUUCAGGACCUGACCUUGGUGGGUUUGCUGGGAAUGCAACACCAAAGCUCUUUGGAAGGUGGAUGGGCAUAGGUGCUAUGUUUCCAUUUUGCCGUGGUCAUUCUGAAAAGGGUACGACAGAUCAUGAACCAUGGUCUUUCGGGGAAGAGUGUGAAGAAGUUUGCCGUCUGGCACUGAGACGGCGUUAUCGUCUUCUACCACACAUAUAUACUCUCUUCUAUAUGUCCCACACAAUGGGUACACCGGUGGCCACCCCUACUUUUUUUGCUGACCCAAAAGAUCCAAGCUUACGGAAUCUUGAGAACUCUUUCUUGUUGGGUUCACUUCUUGUCUACUCAAGGUUCUGUUUCUCUUCUCGCCUUCUAGGUUCUGAAAGAAUCCUUUAGUAUACUGUUUCUGACCAGGCAACACAUGAAGUGAAGCAUAUUCUUCCACAUGGAAUCUGGAUGAGAUUUGAUUUUGACGAUGCACAUCUGGAUUUGCCAACCUUAUACUUGCAAGGUGGUUCAAUUGUUCCUUUGGGUCCUCCUUAUCAACAUGUUGGUGAAUCUAAUGUAUCAGACGACCUGACGAUCCUGGUAGCCUUGGAUGAAAAUGGGGGCGCAAAAGGACAACUAUUUGAAGAUGAUGGUGAUAGUUACGAUUUCACUAAGGGGGAGUAUCUGCUGACACACUAUGUCGCAGAACUCAAAUCUUCAGUCGUUACUAUAAAGGUUUCAAAAACGGAAGGGUUAUGGAAAAGGCCCAGUCGUCGUUUGCAUGUGCAUCUAUUGCUGGGUGGGGGAGCAAAGCUUGUUGCACUGGGAAUGGAUGGGGAUGCUAUCCAAAUUGCAAUGCCAACAGCACUUGAUGUGUCUGAGUUGGUAUCCACUGGCGAGAAACAAUACCAAAAACGUCUAGAAAGCUCUAAGCCUAUUCCAGAUGUGAAAGCGGAUACUGGGCCUAAGGGAGCUGAGCUUUCAAGGACUCCUGUUGAACUGAAAAGUGGAGACUGGUCUGUUCAAAUAGUUCCCUGGAUUGGCGGUAGAAUUAUUUCUAUGAAGCACCUUCCUUCUGGCACACAGUGGCUGCAUAGCAGGAUUGAUGUGGAUGGAUAUGAGGAGUAUAGUGGAACUGAGUACCGCUCUGCAGGAUGUUCUGAAGCAUACAGUGUUAUUGAGCGUGAUCUAGUGCAUGCAGGAGAAGAGGAAUCUCUGAUGUUAGAAGGUGACAUUGGUGGAGGAGUGAUUCUCCAGAGGCAUGUAUCAAUACUCAAGGACAGGCCACAGGUUCUUCAAAUUGAUUCCGGUAUUAUAGCUCGCAGUGUAGGUGCUGGAUCUGGUGGAUUUUCCAGGCUGGUUUGCUUGAGGGUACAUCCCACAUUUACUCUCUUGCACCCCACGGAAACUUUCAUCUCAUUCACUUCCAUAGAUGGCACAAAGCGUGAAAUUUGGCCGGACGCUGGGGAUCAGACCUAUCAAGGGAAUCAGCUUCCAAAUGGAGAAUGGAUGCUGGUGGACAAAUGCCUAGGCGUGGGGCUGGUUAAUCGGUUCAAGGUGGAAGAGGUAUACAAGUGUUAUAUCCAUUGGGGCACUGGAACGGUGAACUUGGAGCUGUGGUCGGAAGACAGGCCGGUCUCGAAGCAAUCCCCUCUGACGGUUUCUCAUCAAUACGAGGUAGCUAGGGUGGCCUCUUCUUAGGUUCUCGUUGCUUUGCUUAGUCAGGGGACUUCGUUUCGCAGUAUCAGCUCUUAAGUACUUUCACUGGCCAGUUUGAAAUGUUCGCCGAAUUCCAAAAAUAAGGCACCAUAUUUCGUAUCUGUAUCAUCCUGAAGACUGAAUGAUGUCGGAUUGUGCGUUGCCGCUACAUGUUGCUUGUACCCUACGAAAUUGGCUUGGAAUUUUAGUUCUUCGCUGCUGACUGUGUUUCGUCCUUAGUUUACUUUUCGGUUCUGAGGAAGGUUGUGUAGUCGUUAUUACGUUCUCAAAUAAUGAGUUUAAUCUAUUUGUAUUCGUAGAAGC